ACAUUCCACACACGCCUGUCACUUUAAGCCGCCUGGCUGUCCCCAGGAACUGCUCAUUCCACAUUCUCGGGGUGGUGGGGUGGGUGGGGUGCUGGCACGCCCUCCAAGGAGGACUUACAGGAGCGGGGCGUUCCCUGGCAGGGGAGCUGGGCCUCGCCACCCGCCGGCCUCAUGGCCCUGCUGCUCCUGGGGCUCCUGGGGCUCCUGGUGCUCUGGGGGCUGCUGCGCUCCUGCACCUGCAGCCCCUCCCCAGCCCCUCGCUGGCCCCCGGGGCAGGACCAGUCCCUGAUGGAGCUCGCAGACCAGUAUGGGCCAGUGUUCACUGUCCAUCUGGGGAGCCAGAAGAUGGUGGUGCUGACCGGCUAUGAGGCAGUGAGGGAGGCCCUGGUGGGCACCGGGCAGAAGCUGGCCGGCCGCCCCCCCAUUGCCAUCUUCCAGCUCAUCCAGGGAGGCGGAGGCAUCUUCUUCUCGUCUGGGGUGCGCUGGAGGGCCGCCCGCCAGCUCACCGUGCGCACCCUCCACGGCCUGGGCGUGGGGAGGGCAACCGUGGCCAACAAGGUCCUGCAGGAGCUGAGGUGCCUCACGGGGCAGCUGGACAGCUACAGAGGCCAGCCCUUCCCGCUGGCCCUGCUCGGCUGGGCUCCCUCCAACAUCACCUUCACGCUCCUCUUCGGCCAGCGGUUCGACUAUUGUGACCCUGUGUUCGUGUCCCUGCUGGGCCUCACCGAUGAGGUCAUGGUCCUCCUGGGGGCACCCAGCCUGCAGCUCUUCAACGUCUUCCCCUGGCUUGGAGCCCUCCUCCAGCUGCACCGCCCAGUCCUGCGUAAGAUCGAGGAAGUUCGGGCCAUCCUGAGGACCCUUCUGGAGGCACGGCGGCCCCACAUGACUGCGCAGGGCCCCGUGCAGAGCUACCUGGACGCCCUGAUCCAGCAGGGACAGGGGAACGAUCCUGAGGGCCUGUUUGCCGAGGCCAACGUGGUGGCCUGCGCCCUGGACAUGGUCAUGGCUGGCACGGAGACCACUUCCUCCACGCUGCAGUGGGCCGCCCUGCUGAUGGCCAAGCACCCACAGGUGCAGGGCCGGGUGCAGGAAGAGCUGGACUGUGUGCUGGGGCCUGGGCGGCCCCCCAGGCCGGAGGACCAGCAGGCCCUGCCCUACACCAACGCUGUGCUGCACGAGGUCCAGCGGUACAUCACCCUCCUGCCCCACAUGCCCCGGUGCACCACGGCUGACACCCGACUGGGCAGCUACCUGCUCCCCAAGGGCACGCCCGUGGUGCCCCUGCUGAGCUCCGUGCUCCUGGACAAGACGCAGUGGGACACCCCGCGCCAGUUCAACCCGGGCCACUUCCUGGACGCUGACGGGCGCUUCGUGAAGCGGGCGGCCUUCCUGCCUUUCUCCGCAGGCCGCCGCGUCUGUGUGGGGGAGAGCCUGGCCAGGUCGGAGCUCUUCCUGCUGUUCGUGGGCCUCCUCCAGAGGUACCACCUCCUGCCCCCGCCCGGCCUCAGCCCCGCCACCCUGGACACCACGCCCGCCCCAGCCUUCACCAUGCGGCCGCCAGCCCAGGCCCUGUGCGCGGUGUCCAGGCUGCAGGGGCGCUGACUGAGGGAGGCCUGGCCUGACUGCAGGAUAAACUCCUGGCUCUGGGGUGCCGAGGGUGACGGGGCAGCAUGGAUGGACGGAAAGACGGCCCCUUGCUGGACUCUUUGCUGCGGCCACCAUGGGCUGGGCAGCCUCACCCAGGCACCAAGGUGGGCAGGGGAGCCCCACUCCCGCCCUGAACGCCCCACCCGGCCUGAUCCUGUUCCUUCUGAGGCCCCGGGCCCCAGACCCCAGGGCAUCAGCCGCUGCUCUGUCCACACCAGACACCCCCACCCCCAAUGGUGCAGCCUCACCUCAUCACACCCCAUGCAGGCCUCCCCUGGGCUUCCCACUGCUCCCUCUCCUGUGUCCCCUCUACACUGCCCCCAUCUGGCUCCCACCAGGGUCACGUAGCCAGGCAAACCCCCGCCAGGCACAGGGCUGCCGCCCACCUGCAGUCGGAGGUGCAGGGAGGUGGCAGGGGGCAGCUGGGCCCCAGGGUGACAUCCACGCGGAGGCCAGACUCAGGCCAGCGUUCUCGGCUCUCUCUGCCAUGGAGCCAGGCCCCUGAGCCCCAGGGGAACCACAGAGAUGUCCCAGGUGGGAGACGGGCUGGUUGAGGGACAGCUACCACCCAGAGAGUGACAGAGGGGGCUUGGGCGGGAGGGGUGAGUAGGAGUUUGCAGGGAGGUCACCUCCAAGAGCCUUUUCUCUGGUCCAGUCUGACCCCACACCGUUGUCCCUCAUUGCGCCUGCCCCCGGGCCCUUCCAGGACUGAAGCCCUGGCGUCUCAGAGCCCAGAACUGGCUCUCUGCUCUCCACGGAGGCAGCCUCUCUUGAGGAGGAGCACCCGAGGAGCCGGCUGGCAGUGGGCGGCGGGCAGGGGUCUAAGCCACGGCAGGGGGUUAGCGGCGCUGGUGGGUUCCGCGCAAACAGCGAAGGUGACACUGACACCUUCUCCACGUCUUCUCCCUGGUGAGCUGGAUGCUGCCAAACGAGGACUGGACUGGAAGGAGAGCAGGGCUGGGGGUACACAGAGGAAGCCCCUGCUCCCAGCUGGCGGUCAAAGGGCCUUCCUGGAGGGUGGGGACGGGGAACAUCAGAUUAGCACGAAUUAGUCUGGCCAGACCAGGUGUUGGUGAUGAAGGGAGUGGGGUUCUGGGAGAAGGGGGAGUGGGAGGCCUCCGAGUCACCGCGUCCCUGGAGAAAAGAAGGCUGGGUGGCCGGCAGGGAGCCCUCGCUGUGUCCUCUUCUUGUGGGUUUGACGUGACCGGGGUCCGAGGCGGGGCGGAGGGAGCCCGCCUCGCCCAGGGCGCGGCUGCAGGGCAUGAAGGCUGCGGCAGACCCUCCAGGAAGCUGCUGUUUGAAGAGUGGGCUGUGGCGGGAGGCGGCGGUAAAACUUUUGGGAGAGAAGGCGCUAGCAUCGCAGGGCCCCGUCCGUGCGCCUCCCAGAGGACCCAGGCCCGGGUGGCAGGACUCGGAAGCCAAGACGCGUAUUUUCAUAGCUUUUAAGAACAGGCGUCAAAAUGAACCACUUUCAAAGGUGACUUUUAAGUUUUCUCAAAAGAACCCAGUUAAUU